AUGGCAUACGCGACACCCCAGUUCACCCUUUUUGCGAAGCCGGCUGUUAGGCGCCGCGUCGCUCGUAACAAGUUGUUACCCUCUCCACCUGUCUUGCAUAGUUUCUCGGCGACACCCCCCACAUCCUGCGCAUCGUUAACUCCCGAGUACGAUGGUCCUCCGUCUCCUACAUCUACUUGGGUUGGCAGUGACGAUUCUCAUGAACGAAUUGCCGCCAGGCGCAACAAGUCGUUACCUUCUCCGCCCGUCUUGCACAGUUUCUCAUCGAGUCCCCCUACAUCCUGCGCGUCGUUGACUCCCGACUCUGAGUACGCGGAGUACCGCGACGUCGAUGGUCCUCCUUCUCCUACAUCUACUUUGGUCGGUAGUGACGACUCUCAUAAGCGAGGUUAUUUCAAGGACAAAUUGGUUCUCGAUGGCAUGCCUCAUCUCAUCGCGCUCGCUGACUGGGUUGCGGUGGUUCUAGUCUGCACCGCUACUGGGCAAACCCCUACGGUUCUGCAGACCGUGAGUGAACUCUCGUUCUCGGCAACUUACGAAGACCUACAUGGCUUCGUCUAUGACUUGAUCAUAUCCCAGCAUCAAACCCCAUUCACCCUAUUCCACAUCGUUGCCUACGCCACCCUCUACUUUGAAAAAGUGGAACCUCUCACGCUACGCGAGUUGGAAGAGAAUCCAAAGAACGUCGAAGCUUUUCGUCAACUGAUGUUGAUUCUCUUCUUCGUGGCGUUGGAUCAGUUUACUGUUGAUCCGCUUCCUUUGGAGACUAGAGCUAGGCUUACAGGGCUCACGGUCGACCAGGUUCUCGAGGCGCAAAAGGAUGUACUGGAGACACUUGGCUCGUACGUCCAGAUGCCUCGGGACGUCUGGAAUAUAUACACCGAGCACUUCAGGGUGUUAUGCGCGCAGUCCUGGUUGCCGGUACAUAACGAUCACGAUAUACCCGCCAUCGUCAACGCUUUCCUCACUUUAUCUGACUACGCUUCAUCAAUCGGUGCUUUGCCCUUGUGCGAAGUCCCCCCGCGGUGGCUCGUUCCAUCUAUCACCAAGCAAACAGUCCCCCCAAUAGCACGCCCCUAG